CGCGCACUGUCUCUGUCUCUCUGUGUGUGUGUGACUGUGCGUGUGUGAAAGAGAGUAAGUGUGUGAGACGAGAGUGUUUCCUGGAGAAUUCCCCACCGGCCGCCUUCCGCGUGGGAAUCCUGCUGCAGAGCUUCUCCACAAACACUCCUGUCAACUUCUGCUGCUCUCAACACACACAUACUCUCUCUCUCUCUCUCUCUCUCUCUCUCUCUCUCUCUCUCUCUCUCUCUCUCUCACACACACACACACUCUCUCAGAGUGUAUAAACACAGAGUGUGUGUGUGAAGAAAUCAGUGCACAGGUAUAGAGGAGCAGCAGAGGAUCCGGAAGAACUGCUUUUCCUCGUUUCUCCAGCGUGGAGCUGAGCUGAGGAGUGUGUGUGUAUGAGUGUGUGAGAGAGAAAGAGAGAGUGUGUGUGUGUAUAGAAGAGUGUGUGUGUUUGUGUGGGAGGACAAGAACAGCUGCUGAAACAUGAUGGAGUUAAAGAAGAAGAAGGUCUUCAUCCUGCUGGAUAUGCUGUGUGUGCUGGUCGCUGCGAUGCCCUGCAUGAUCCUGACCUUCAUGUUCAAGCCCUUCCAGCGCGGCAUUUACUGUGAUGACGAGAGCAUUCGUUACCCUUACGAACAAGACACCAUCUCUCACGGCAUGAUGGCCACCGUCACCAUCUCCUGCUCCAUCAUCAUCAUCACCUCAGGAGAAGCCUACCUGGUCUACACCAAGCGCCUCUACUCCAACUCAGGCUUUAAUCACUACGCCGCAGCGCUGUAUAAAGUGGUGGGGACGUUUCUGUUCGGCGGCUGCGUGAGCCAGUCCCUGACGGACAUGGCUAAAUUCACCAUCGGACGCCCGCGGCCCAACUUCAUGGCGGUUUGCGCUCCGGUUGAGUGCAACGGCUACAUGCUGCAGAUAAACUGCACAGGAGACCAGCGCAACGUGACCGAAUCCAGGUUGUCCUUCUACUCAGGCCACUCUUCGUUUGGGAUGUACUGCAUGCUGUUUUUGGCGCUAUAUGUACAGGCACGCAUGGCAUUUAAAUGGGCACGCCUCCUCCGACCCGCAAUCCAGUUCUUCCUGGUGGCGUUUGCGAUUUAUGUGGGCUACACACGAGUCUCUGACUACAAACACCACUGGAGCGAUGUGCUCGUGGGCCUCCUGCAGGGGGCGCUCAUUGCCAUACUUAAUGUGCGAUACGUCUCAGAUUUCUUCAAAGAUCGGCCUCCCCGCUGCGACCAGUCCGACUCGGCCGAUAACGAGGAGAUGGAGCGUAGCGUACCCAGCCUGCAGAUAACCGAGCCCGAGAGGAAUAACCAUUACCCUUUAUAACUUCACCAGAGCGCAUGAGAGACCUUUAAACUCUGAGCUUUAGGCUGCCGUGCCACUGUUUGCACCGAACCCCACCAAAAAAAACCACAUGUAACCACUGGACAGGCUGCAGUGCUGCCCCCCUGUGACCACCUCCAACCCCUCACCCCUCACUCUCGCUCAAUACUCCCAUCCUAGAGGCACCUGCGCAGCUUCUGCAGCCACCCAAACUGAGUGGCACUGACUAUAGACUCUCCUCCACUGGAGGACCAGUACUCACAUUUACACUUCUGAGUGUGUGUGUGUGUGUGUGUGUGUGUGUGUUUGUGUGUGUGUAACCGUGUGUGUGUGUUUGUGUAGAAUCAUAUGCAGUAUUUCUGUGUUUUGCUGUAGAGGGUCUGACAUAUAUUUAUACGUAUAUUCUUUUAUAUCAGCAAUUUUAUAUCAAUAACACAGAUCAAAAUGAUUAGAGACGCACAUUAUAGAAAGCAUUAACUGGGCAAGGUUUUUUUUUUUUUUUUUCACUUUGCAGGGAUUGGUCUAUCUAUGCUUCGCCCACCAAUGCGUUCUACCAUAGCUACUGUUGCUAGAAUUGACCAGCUUUACAGAACAGCAAAAUGAACAUUUUAGGCUGAAAACUGAAUACAGAGCAUGUUUUUUUACAGGUCUUUGUUAAGAUUAAGCCAUUAAGCCAUUUUUUCCACCAGUGCAUAAAUGAAAUGUUUACAGCAUCUUAUUCAGAGUGACUUACAAGGUUAUUUCUAUUACAGAGGUGAUAGGAGUUUACAUGUAGUUUUAGAAGUCACCCAGGUCAGGAAUUGAACCCAGGAAUUGAGUCUCCCACAUGGUAGCUCACUGGCAGGCAGUGUUGUUAUCCACUGCACUGUAUUGUAUUUUUGUCUUGCUUUUCAAACCUUUUUACUCAUUCAUUCAAACACCAAAAGUGGCAAAUAAUCUUGGUUGCCAAGUAUUCUGUGUAUCCCUUUUGUCCAGUUUUUUUU